UGCGAGAGGGAGGGCUGGAAGGAGGCAGAGACCUGUGAAGCGCGUUGGAAAUUUUUCCAGACGCCAUUUUGAACUGCGGUGCAGGAGACUGCGUGCGUCUUUCACGGCUACGGCAGCUGCGGGGAUAAAAAAACAAAACAAGAGAGGCGAAUGGCUAACCGUAACUUGAAGCAGGUUCGCAUCGAAAAAAACAAUGGCGGAGGCGAAAUGGUUUCUCCGCCUCAGCAGCAGAUGCUUCCGCCCGGGAAAGGCAACAAGCGCAGUUUUGAGCUGUCCGAGGGGGACCCGUCUCUGAUGCCUCCCAAGAUGGAGGAUGGAGAGGAGGAGAGAGGGGUCACCGUCGAUAUCAAGAGCUUUCUGAAGCCCGGGGAGAAGAGCUACACGCAGCGCUGCCGCCUCUUUGUGGGGAACCUGCCCACCGACAUCACGGAGGAGGAAUUCAAGAAGCUCUUUGAGAAAUUCGGGGAACCCAGCGAGGUUUUUAUCAACCGGGACCGGGGCUUCGGCUUCAUUCGCCUGGAAUCAAGAACCCUAGCAGAAAUAGCCAAAGCUGAACUGGAUGGAAUGAUUCUUAAAAACAGACCUCUGAGAAUUCGGUUUGCUACCCAUGGAGCUGCACUUACUGUGAAAAACCUUGCUCCUGUCGUUUCCAACGAGUUGCUGGAAGAAGCUUUCUCCAUGUUUGGCCCAGUGGAACGAGCUGUUGUCAUAGUGGAUGACCGUGGAAGGCCCACCGGCAAAGGCUUUGUUGAAUUUGCGGCAAAACCAGCAGCAAGAAAGGCUUUGGAGAGAUGUACCGAAGGGGCUUUCAUAUUGACAACGACGCCUCGACCAGUUAUAGUAGAACCAAUGGAACAAUUUGAUGAUGAAGAUGGUUUACCUGAGAAAUUCAUGCAGAAAACUCAGCAAUAUCUUAAGGAAAGAGAGGAGCCACCACGCUUUGCUCAGCCAGGCACAUUUGAGUUUGAAUACUCCUCUAGAUGGAAAGCUCUGGAUGAGAUGGAAAAGCAGCAGAGAGAACAAGUUGAUAGAAAUAUUAGAGAAGCUAAAGAGAAAUUAGAGGCUGAAAUGGAGGCUGCUAGACAUGAACAUCAGCUGAUGUUGAUGCGGCAAGAUUUAAUGAGACGACAAGAAGAGUUAAGAAGAUUGGAGGAGUUGAGGAAUCAGGAACUUCAAAAGCGCAAGCAGUUUCAGAUGAGGCAUGAAGAGGAGCAGCGACGUCGUGAGGAAGAGCUUAUGAGGCAACGUGACCAGGAUGAUCUUAGGCGGCAAGAGGGAUUCAAGACUAACUACAUGGACACUUUGGAGCUUUUUGUCUACAAUGACCUGCAAGCUGCAUUGCCAUGCAUUUAGUUGGGGAAAUACCUCCAUGGAAUUGUCGAUGUUGAAAACACCAGCAUAAAAUAAUUGAAAAAAAUCCCACUUCAACAAGGUCGCUUUUUGCAUAAAUAUUUCAGGUCGUUAUGACAUGGAGUCCCAUGCAUGUUGUAAGAUAUAACAGAUAAUCGGAUUAUCCUGUAAAUAAUGUUAAAGGAAUUAAUGUAAUUUGGAAGUAAAUUACCUCUAUGUUGAUGUCCACACCAAAACGAGGAUUAUUAAUAUGUCAAGGUCUGGUUAUACAGAUUUAUACUAGCAUUAUGAUGCACUGUAGCACACAGAAUCAAUCCAUAAAUGUAUGCCAUUUUCUUACUUAAGCAGAAUGGUGCACAAAUUUUUGCACUGAUAACCGUGCUUUAUCAAAGAUCCGAAUCUACGUCUAUGUAGUACCAGCAACACAAUCAUCAGUCUAUGCCACUUGAUUCUUCCCUGUCUUUCAAACCUGCUAUAGUGUGGUAUAGUUAUUUUUUUAAACUUAAAAAUGUACAAAAUAUAUAUAUUUAUACUUUAACUUGUUGAUUUUUUGUGCUCAUGAAUGUUCUUACAAGUUGUGUCUUUUCCCUCUCCACAAGCAGAUACUACAGUUAGUAUUGUAAUAUGUCAAUCAAACCAGUGACUUGUUAUAAGCAAGCUUUGUAUUAAACAUUUUAGGUGGCACCUAUAUUACCUAAUAUUAAUAUGAUUGUAAUAUAAUAUUGCAGGCAGGGUGCCAAGACAUGUUAUGAUAAAUAGAGCAUAACCAUAAUUUAAUUAUAUUUAUGUGAAAGUUCAUUAUAUAUGUAAAAGUUAUAUAUAAAUGAUUAAUAUCAAAUGUUUUUCUGAAAGCAGAUUACCAAAAAUUUGGAAACACUGCCUUGAGAUGUGAAACCUAAAGGGAUGUUAUUUUAUCUCUCUUCCCAUGAUCUACACGAGAGCAACAAUUAUACCAGUGCAAAGCCACAUAUACUUAUUAGAGGACUCAUAUUUCUGCAACAUGUGGCCAUGCCUCAUAGAUACAGUCCAUGCAUUCAAUCAGUUUUAUUAGUGUUGGACAAACUUGUUCCUGGUGGGUGAAAGCACAGUCUGACACAGUGAUAGGAACUUUCUCUUGCAGAGAGAAGAUUUAAAUUGUGAUGAAUCCUUAUGUAGAGAAAUUGAAUAUGCCAACCAUCAAAAGUUGAAUGUUGUAAGACUUGUGCACCUUUAUUUUGAUCUGAUUUCAGUAGUACUGAUUUCAGUUGGGUCAGUUGGCUGGGUUUAAUAGUGAGCAUAAUAUAUUCUCUUAUUCAUUACCAUGCAUUUAGAUGAUGAUCUUUCAACGUAAGUCAACUCAGACAGUACAAAGUUGCAGUAUGCAAGUCAAUGGGGUAAAUCACUUGCUGAGCAAUCUAGCCAGCUAAUUGGAUUGCUUCCAUUAAGACAAAAAAUUAACAGUAUUCUUUCAGUUGUUACAGGAAUGUUUAAGAGUAAUACAUAAUAUACCUACAAAUCUGGCUGAGAAAUGCAGAUUUGCUCCAAUCUUCGCAAAUGCAAGUGAGCUUGUUGCAAAGUUUAAAAAGGUCUAUGUCUAGGUGAUACCAAAAUAGACAUUUUUUGGCAGAAUUCAAAGUGUUGUUUCUGUGUCAGAGCUAAAAGGUGGCCAUACACUGGUUUAAAUACUGCUACAUUUCCAAGUCAACUCCGUAUUGGUCAAUGUAUGCUAUACCUACUAUAUAUCCGAACAAGGACAACAUCAGCAAUUUGAUGCAACCCCUUCUCCUUGUAUGUCCACAGAUCUCAUUGAUUCAGCACAAGGGUGGCCAAAUCAGAAAGAGAUCCCGUUAUUUGUCAUGAUCGGCAAAUGAGUAGAUCUUUAAAAUAUGGACAGCAUUAAGCUGGUCAUACACUUGUUGACAUUCUGCGGUAAGGUUGCAGGAAUUGGCCAUUUUUUUUUUAACUAAAGGAAGACUGGGUGGUGGCAAAUACAGCAAGAUUCUAUACUUCAGUCUUCUCAAAAGCCAAACUGAGCGGGACAAUUUCAGCUUUUUUAAGAAUUAUUAUACCAUCAUAAGGCAAUAAAAACAAAGCAGUGGCUUGAGAACAAAAAGGCAUGCAUCUCCUGCAGUGCCUCCGUAGUUCUGCGUUUUAUAGCAAGUCCAACUGUCCUAUCAAAGACAAAAACAUUGCCUACACUGUGCUUACAAAAGAAAUGGGUAUGAUACAUGUAAAUGUUGCCAGAUGUCGAAUAUGUGUUUUAAAAAUUCUGGUUGCUUCAGAUAUGUGAGUUAAUAAGAUUUCCUUGCAGAUAAUCCUUAUAAUUUGCAGUUAUUUCCUUUGCAGGUUUGAUAAAGUACACUUCUGUGGUAUUCCAGAAUAUCUGAGCAUUGACUUGGUACUAGUCAUUCAAGGCUAUUAUAAGUGUUCUUUGCUCUUAUAGUGCUGAAUAUUUUACUUUUCCCUACCUGAAUAUGAUGUUUGAUAACUAGCGCAUUGCAUAUCAUUAUAUAAUGUGAGUCUGUGUUAAGAAAAUAGUGCAAGGAGAAAUUAUUUUCAGUAGUUGAUAUCUUUCAAUACAAUAUUUCUUCCAAUAUUUUUACCAAAAAUGUAGGAUCUGCGCUUCUUUUGUAAUCUGUAUUUGGUAACUUAAUUUUCAGUUCAUGGCAUAAUUCCCUAUAAUAUUAUUUACAGGUUUGUAAUAAUUUACAGGUCCAUGAUGUGAAUUUUAACAUUCAGUUUUUCUAUUCCGUAUAUAUCCUUUUAAUUUUUAUUUAUUUAUUUUAUUUUUUUACAGGUUUUUAAUCAUUUAUCGAACUGAUAUGUUUAAGCAACUAUUAUUUUCAGGUUGUUAUAAGUUAAAUACAUUGAUUGCACUCUUAACAACUGCUGAUAAUGAAUGUCGCCUGGUAGGUCAGACGACCAGCAACACCUAAAGUUGUCGACCAGUACUAUACCCUUUAUUUUUGUGCUUAUGUCUGCAAACAUAUCAUAUUUCACUUAAUUAUGGACUGAUAAUACUCAAUACACUUGAUUGUGUGCUGUGAAGCUUUGGAAA